UUUAAUACAUUUAAAUACAUUUUUUUAAAAGAUCUACCGUGAAAUACUUCUUAAUUCAUAUUAGUGGAGAAUUGUAUACAUUUUAAUAUUUUUCAUUGUGUUUUAAUUUACAGGAAACAUGAUUCCUUUCGAUAAUUUCAUAUUAAGUUUAGUGACAUAUGCUACUAUAAUUACAACGUCAUUAUUUUUCUACUUGAAAUAUCGUUAUACAUUUUGGCAACGACAAGGAUGCCCAGUUCCAUUGAGUCCUCAUAUUAUAUAUGGACACACUAAGGAGGUAACUAAAAUGAAAACGUGGGUAGGCGAACAUUAUGCAAACAUUUAUUAUAACACUGAUGGAUACAAGUUUAUUGGAUUUUACCAAUUUCAAAAGCCAAAGCUUAUGCUUAGGGAUUUAGACAUUAUUAAAGACGUAUUUACGAAAGAAUUCUCAACGUUCCCUAACCGUGGGAUAGUGUUUGAUGAUAAACUGGAACCACUUACUGGUAAUUUAUUGACAUUAGAAGGCCAUAAAUGGAAAGUGUUGAGAAAUAAAUUAACACCAGCAUUUACUAUUGGAAAAAUAAAAAACAUGAUUGACCUCAUAGAUGGCCGAGCUCAAGAAAUGGUGACGAUACUCCAGAUAUCAGCAGAAAAUGGCAAUCAAGUUGAAUUCAAGGAACUCUUAGCUCGAUUUUCAACUGAUGUUAUCAGCAUCGUGGCAUUUGGAUUUGAAACUAACUCUUUAGCAAAUCCUGAUGCUGAAUUCCGAAAAGUUGGUCGAAUGUUAUUUUCCACAAGUCGAGAAACCAUAAUAAGAAACGCAUUAAAUGCACUUGCACCAAAUUUAAUAGGCAUAUUAAAAGUACGAAGCAUUAAAAAAGAAUAUGCUGAUUUUUUCUAUAAUGUAGUCAACAAUACAGUUAAAUACCGCGAAGAAAAUGAUAUACAACGAAAUGACUUUCUAGAUUUGCUAAUGAAAAUAAAAAGAGGCCAUAAUUUAGCUUCUGAAGAAGACAGUAAAUCCAUAUUCGAAGAAAACGAAAGUAAAGAAGAUUUUGAAUUUACAAUGGAAGUGUUGGCGGCUCAAUGUUUCGUAUGGUUUAUCGGUGGUUACGAAACUUCAUCAAUUACACUUACAUUUACUUUUUAUGAACUUGCCCAAAACUUGGAAGUACAAAGAAGAGCACAAGAAGAGAUUGAUACAAUACUUAGCAAACACGAUGGAAAUUUAACAUAUGAUGUGUUGCAAGAAAUGAUUUAUUUAGAUAUGAUUGUAUCAGAAGCCUUAAGGAAAUAUCCACCGGUGCCUAAUUUAACCAGGAAGGCUGUCAAAUCAUAUAAAUUUCCAGAUUCAGAUUUUACCCUAGCUAAAGGUCUCCAGGUAGUUAUACCAGUAUAUGGUAUUCAUAAUGACCCAAAAUAUUGGCCAGAACCCGAGAAAUUCAUUCCAGAAAGAUUUACAGAAGAUGAAAAGCGGAAUAGACCGCAGUAUGCGUAUGUGCCAUUUGGUGCAGGUCCUAGACUAUGCAUAGGCAUGCGAUUUGGAACAAUGCAAGUAAAAGUCGCUCUUGUCAGAAUAUUAUCAGCUUAUAAUGUUUCAUUGUCUAAAAAUAUGAAAGUGCCAGUGAAACUAAAUCCAAAAACUAUACCAGCAAACCCUGAAGGUGGGAUGUUUAUUCAUGUCACCAAAAGGAAUCGUUAGUUAAUGUCUCUAUAAUUGAUCGAUAUUUACUGAAUUAAAACAUAUAAUUUAAUAUAAUAAAGUUAAUAUAAUUUUAAAA